CGUUCGAUGACACAUAGCCAUGCUUCUGUGGAUUGUCUGUUACAAUCUGCAGGCCUGCGUUGACAUUAGCUCCACCCCCAGAGGGCUGAGCGCGCGAAGUUCUACCUUCUACUGCAGGUCUUAACUCACCGUUUGCUUCAUGAGCAAGGUCACGUUUGUGCCAAAGCCAUGAAGUCGGGUCGUCCUUUACAGCAUGACCUCAACAGGGUCAGCGGGUGCAACUUCCCCGAAGAGUCGGACGACUCUUCCAAUCCUACUGAUAUCUGCAAAUCCCGUUAUGGAUGCAUUCCAGACGUUGGUCAAGGCCAAGCCUUUCACAUUGCCCAGGGUAUGCUGUGUCUUCCUCCACGCAGCGGUGGUCGGCAUAUGUAUUCCUCGCAGCAACUGGCGUCGCUUCGCUUCCCCGCUCUAAUCCCGCACGCAAGCGAAUGGGCAUGAAAAUACAGCAGGUGAGCGGCGCAGGCGGCUCACAUUGCGCCCUCCCCGCCCCUUUCAAUUGCAGGAGCGCGAAGUCAGCCGGACCUCCAGAUAUGGCGAUCAUGCAGCGCACCACCUCGUCGGCUACAGUCUCGGCGUCGGCCAUCGCGACGUCGGCGACGUCGAGCGGGAGGUCCCCUCCCGUCGCGAUGAGCACCGUCACCGGCUUAAUCCUCGGAGUUAUGUGCUUGUUCCUGUUGGUGAUCAGCUAUCAGCUCAUACCUUGCUUCCACCGCCGCAAGGCAGCUCCAUCACCGUCGUACCGCACCCGUGUCCUGGUCGCACCUCCCACGGACCGCGACCGCUCCGCCAUCCGUCGAGUUAUCGACAAGAUCCUCACGUUCCUUAAACGCUUCGUGCCUCGCAGGUCUUCUGGACCGGACGACACGCAGAAGCCAAAACCUCCACGCUCGUUCAAACUACCCUCGCAAGAUAAGCCCGAUCGGCAGCACAUCCGCGAGAAGUUCGCAACCCAGUUGCGACUCAAACUCAAUAUCCCGCCCGCGGCAGACGUCCUUUCGCCCCGGAGUCCCCGCACGCCUCGCACGCCGAAGGGCCGCAAGCGCUAUGCCGUCCUCGACGAUAGUGCGUUCACCGAGUGGGACAAGGCCACCCUCGCACACAUGGAGAAACCACCCACCGCGUUCCUCUCUCCCUGGUCCCCGCGCGAGCAGGACUUCCCAUACGCCUGUUCCCCCACCCCGUCGCGCCGAGUCGUGUUUGACUACGGGCCGUGCACACCGCCGCCCCCGUUCUCGCCCCCUCCUGCCUACGUACCCGGGACGCCGAUCCGGGGAGGCUUCAGCAGCCCCUCUGUGCGAAGCUUCUUGUCCCUGUCCCCGAGCACACGAUCGCCCAGCAGUCGACGGCCGUCGCUACCGACUGAGGACCCGUUCGCGGAUAACCGCCCGUCGUCGAUGCUCAGCGUUGAUCCCUUCGCGGCUAGGUCGCCGUUAUCAUCCCCGACCAGCCCAUCCUUCUCUGUUCCCUACGAUGACCCAUUCGCAGACAGACAGCCAUCAACGUUCGUCGAAACCAACUCGGGCCCGGCGGGCGUCGCGGUGAAAGAUCCGAUCAACCUCUCCGAAAUCGUCGUCGUACAGUCCGCGCCCGAAACACUUGUCGCACCAACACCGACGCAGGCUACAUUUUCUGGCCGAGCUGCGUCGCCAAGCGCGUUUGUGAUCUCAGACGAGACGGACUCCCUAAGCAAUAGAUCCAGUCUUUCUAGCACCUGGUCCACGCUCACUCUUGAACAGCCUAUGUAAGGGAGCCGCGUUAGGCUGGCUCCCGCUG